UGUGUGUACAGUACAGAACAGAAAUAGAGAGAAUUGAGUACCAUUGUUCAGAUCCUGGUCUUUUGACGCGAUUGUGAUCAUCGAGAGGGCCUCCUUUUUCUCUGAUCUUGCAUCAAUCCAUUCUUCCGUCCCAUUGCUUGAAGUACUGCAACUUUUGAUCGACCGUUGAAGAUUCUCCAUACAACAUAACAGGGUACAACCUCGCACAUCGGUCCAGGACAACAGCAAUAACCCUCAGUACUAUCUACUAACGCACAUCCUAGCCAUGGACGACACAGACAACCAACCUUCCACUCCGACCAGCCAGAGUCGUCCACGACAACCCCCACCAUCGUGGCGAUCAACCGCCUCGAAAAACUGGCGUCUUAAGGACGACUCCCCACGCGUCGAGCCACCACAGCGUUCGUCCCGAGGAGGCCUCAAUGCUGGUCGUGGUGGCCGAGAUAGGGAGGAUGGUUCGUCCCACCAGGACUACACCUCACCGAAUUCCCCAAGCGUGGACGACGGCAACUCUGGUUCCCGCCUGUAUGUUGGCAACCUCCUCUACUCGGCACAGAAGUCCGACAUGGUCACAUUAUUCUCAUCGGCCGGAUUCCGUGAUGUUACGGUCAGCAUCUCCACCGACCCCUUCACAGGAAGGAAUCCGAGCUACUGCUUCGUUGACGUGGAGAGUUCCGACGAGGCGAGAAGAGCCAUUGAUGAGUUGAACGGUGUUGAGGUCCUAGGCAGGAGGGUUAGAGUCUCACCUGGCGUCGGCAGGAAGAGCAAUGCUGGCCAGGAUGGUGAUGGGGCUAAGGAAAGUCGCAUCAAGACCUAUGAUCCACGAGGCUUUGGGAGGGAAGAGAGGGGUGAGCGAAACCAAGACUACAAGCCAUCCUUUGAUCGCUGGAAUCGCAAUGACGCACAAUCACACUGGACAACACCCCAAACUGAAGGGCGGCGGCUGUACAUUGGCAACCUUCCUCGGAUCGAACCGCAGUCGGCACUCGACUCAGAGAUCCAGACACUGUUCGCCACCUACUUGCCAAACGACAAGAUUGUGCCGCAAGCAGUGUCCAAGCUUCUCUCUCCCCAUCCUUCCAAAAUUGUGGAGCCCGGCAACCAUUACUACACAUUUGUCGAUCUAGAGAGGGCCGAGGACGUUGAUGUGGUGAUCGCGGGGCUGGACGGUCAAGAGGGCAGCUGGGGACCUGGCGGAAUCCGCGUCAACAAAGCCCGCGAUCGCGAGAGGAGGGAUACCCCAACUGGCGACGGCACCGACAGGAGAGAGCGCAAAGUGGUUAGAGAACAAGGCCUGAGCAGAGAUGGGCAGGAGAGAAGAGGAUUUGGUGGCGGCAGUUGGAGACGGGACUGAGUGCAGACAGGAUUUCUUUGGUCAAUAGCGACAACAGCGACAACAGCGUCAAUGGCGCUAUAAUCUCGUAUGCAUAGUGUGUCCCACAUGUUGAUUAUACCAAGCAGGUUGAGAUAGAACCACUCUGUCGUCUGUCGUGGGAUUAUGACAUUUGCACCAGG